AUGUCAGUAACACCACCAUAUAUUUCUGAAACUGAUCAGCAAACUGAUUAUACAAAUCGUUUUCAAAAAACACCUGAUUACUCUUAUACAACUCCUGUACGUAAUUGUUCUCCAAAAGGAUGGGCAACACCUGUAUUUUAUUCCAUGAACAGGUGUACUUUAACAACAAAAAGAGAAUGGCGUAGAAGGCAAUCAAGAUGUGCUUACUUACCAAAUGGAUUGUCAACUCCAACACCAGUGAGAUCAGUGAGAAAUGAUUUAAAAUUGGUUAGAUCUGCACCAUCCGUCAAAAAUCGUGAAACUUCUUUUAAAAAGAAAUAUCCUGAAUCUAUAUAUGUUGAUGAUUGCAAUGAAAAAGAAACUGAAAGAUGUUUUAUAAAAGAAUCACCUGUCUAUCAACCAUCAUCAGAUAUGAAUUUUUUUGAACAAGUAUAUACAAUUAAGAGUAAACUGGGUGAAGGUUCAUUUGGUAGAGUUUACCAUGUUUUGUGUAAAGAAGAUGGUAAAGAAUAUGCUAUAAAAACGUCUCUUUAUGAAUUUAGAUCAAAAACUGAUCGAGAAGAUGCUCUUGAUGAAGUUAAAAAAAUGCUUCGUGUUCCUCUUCAUCCAAAUGUACUUAGAUUAUAUAGAGCAUGGACGCAGGAGGGUAAAGUAUAUAUGCAAUUAGAUUUAUGUAAAACGUCGUUACAUGAGGUUUCUCUUGUUGAAUCGCCCAUUCCAGAACCAAGGUUAUGGAGGAAUUUUGUAGAUAUUCUUUGUGGUCUGGAGCACCUUCAUCUAAAUGGAUUUAUUCAUCUGGAUGUUAAACCUUCAAAUAUUCUUAUAACAGAUGAUGGUAUAUGUAAACUUGGUGAUUUUGGUUUAAUGUUCGAUGUUAAUAAUGAUACCCGAAUGCGUGGUGAAGGAGAUAGUAAAUACUUGGCUAGAGAAAUUUUAAAUGAAUUACCUACUUAUGGAGCUGAUAUUUUUUCUCUUGGUAUGACAAUUCUUGAGCUUGCUACUGACGCAUAUUUACCGUCAGAUGGUUAUGAUUGGAAUAUUCUUAGAUCUGGUAUUAUUCCUGAUGUUUUUAGGAAGAAAUUAAGUUCUAAUAUGAGUGUGAUUAUUACACAGAUGAUUCAAUGCGAUAAAAACGAUAGACCUACGGCGAGGGAUUUAUUAAGACAAAUACAGAGGAUGUUAUGA